AGCGUCAGAAUGAGACGGGGAGAGAUAGAGAGCGGUAAAGAGUCAGGAGAGGAGAGGAGAGAGCGCUGGCGAGGAGUAAAGGACUACCAGCUACAAGAGAGACACACCAAGAAGGAGGGAGGAAAAGCAUGCUGACCAAGGAGGAGCACAAGAAACGAACUAAUCAGGAAUGCCCAGAGAAGUCAUCGCCUGCAGGCCAUUGGUCAGAAAGUGAGAAAGACCCUGACAGAGAUGUCCACUCAGAGUUGACUAAACUUCGAAGGAGAUCAAUAAUGAAAGAAUCCCCAGAGUUUAUUGGAUAUUGAAUUCCUGUCAACAACUUCUAUACGGAGCUCUUUUCAUCUGCCACUGCAACACUCGGAUUUAUUUCGGUAAACAAAAGCUGGAACGUCUUUCCUUUCAGUUGGAUAUAACCUUGCAGAGGCUGGCUGAUGUCAUCGCUUGCCUCCAUCCCUUUCAGCUCCUCCGGGGGCUGAGCCAACCUACAGAGGAGUAUGGGCAGGAGAGUGGCGGAUCCAACUAAUCCGGUGCCUGCGCUGGGAGUUCCUCUGGCUGGGGGGCGAUGGGGUCCACUUUGCAGCAUUGGGGUGCAGACAUCUCCCAGACUGCGGACUCUACCCUCUAUCAAACAACGCGGCAGCCAACAGACCACCAUGCAUCAGUCCCUCACAAUGGCGACAGAACAAGCACUGGCAGCGGACACAGGAGGAGCAAUCAGAAGUGACAGCAAGAGCCUGCCGGUGUCCAAAGAGACGUCUCAGAACGAAAUCAACAGCCUUACGCAGGACGACAUGGGGUCACAAGGGUCGGGCAGUGGAGUUUAUUGCCAGAUCAGGACUAUACAAACAAACCCCAAGGACAAAAAAGAUAAAAGGACAACUCGGUAUAUAAAUGGGAGUGUCGUAGCUUCAGAUUUGGUGGGAGGAGUUUGCAGUGAAUCUACAGAAAGCAAGGAGCCAGCCCAGGAAAAGAGAAGGGUGCAAUCUCUGCGAGGGGAAGGCCACCGCUCGGUGUUAAAGACAGCAAGUGUUUGUUCAGCUGCACACACCACCACCACACCUCGGCCCUGUCGGACAAUGGCAACCUCGCCGCAACGUCUUUGUGUGACGUGUGGGAGGAGACGGUCGCAGGUUACGCAGUGCACAGGUGCAUGUCGCAGGAAAGCAGUCAAUCAAAUAACGGCAAGUCAAACUUUACCUAAUCCACCACGGAAAACAUCUGUAGCCCCCGCCCAGUCGAGAAAAGCCUCUGCUGCUCUGAGUUCUCAGUCUUGCUCCAAAAGCACAGACAGAGCCAACCCACUGCAGCCCACAUCAGGAAAGGCUUCACAAAUACCCCAGCUGUCCCACACCAUGCCAAAAACACACAGUUCACAGUUCAACCACACGGCACAUAAUCAUAACCAAACAAAAGACUCAAAGCUGCAGACAAGGCCACAUUCAGCAGACUUUACCUGUUAUAAGGACUCAGCCACACAAACAUCGGAAACACACACACACUCCAACACAGACAGAACGACAGUACUCACACAAAACGCAGAGGCAAACCAAAAAUAUCCAACAGACAAACAAAAUCACAAUCAGGGUCAAAUCCAGAAAACUGAUGAAUCAGUCUGCAACAUUUCUAAGUCUCAAAUGCCUUCCCCUCUCAGUGACUCAAAAUCCAGCAGCAUCCCACCACUCCCACCAAAACACUCUCCUAUGGCGGCCCAUUCUAAACCGACCAUACGUGCAGCACACACCAAAAGCCAAGAGGCCACAAAGUCACCCAAGCAAUCCACGGAUCGUACAAAACUCAUGGACACAAAGCAGAAGAGCAAAUCGUUUGACGACAACACUCUGCCUUGUAAGACUCACAUGAAAGCACAAUGUAAUGGGGCACCAGGAGGACUUGUAGAUGGACAGGGAGUGAAUGUGCCACCUGGGCUGGAGAGGCAGCUACAAAAUGUGGAAGAGAACCUUCUGUCCAAUCAGGAGAAGAUUAAGGUGCUUCUCAAUGUGAUUCAAGACCUGGAAAAGAGCAAAGCUUUAAGCGAAGGUCGCAGCUCAUACAGAACUGGCCAAGACAUAAACAACUGCCCUACCUGCCAGAAGACAGCCUGCAUCAUUUACAGCGUGGAGCAUGAUUUCCGACAGCAGGAGGGACGCUUCCAAGGGGUGAUUGAAGCCCUCGAGGGUGAAUACGAUGUGCCUGCGCCAACUCAGACCAAGCCCACGCCAGCUCCAUUGUCGUCCAGCCGCCCAAGCACCAAGGCACGCGUCAAGAAACUGCGCAAGAAGUGUUUCUGGUGGCUCUAAGAGUCGUGGAAAUCACAAACACCUUCCUGGGCAGCAGGUGUAUAAGGGAACUGAUUAUAUAUAUAUAUGAACCAAAAUAUUCUGCUGCAGAGGAAAGCAACGUUUUUCAUAUGGAUGUGCUGAGAGUUUUAUCAGAUUCAGACUGAAAUGUUCUUUCCAACAGUUGCCAUGUAAAUUGAUUUUUUUCCCCUCCACAGCUGCUCAUCCUAAGGCCUGACAGAGUCUAAUGGUAACAAUGCAAAUGAAUAAACAGAGAUGGGAAGGAAAAUAGAUUGCAAUAGCCACAGAGAUUUUUCCUCAGCCACAGAGGAYGACCGCUCGGGAUAAUAAUUAAAGGACUUCAUGGGAUAAUUUCUCAACUACUAACUUGCAAUUAGAGUAAGGAUGCUGUUUUUGAAACCAAAGCUGUAGAGGAUAAUGAAGAAAGACAUGGGGACCUCUGACAUGAAACGGCUUGACUGGCCGACUGAACGCAYGGACAGAUCAAUGGGCUGUCACAGCAAUAAGCAGAAGACUUGAUGCUAAUCCGAGGAAUUAAACCGCCUGGAAUAUUCAUUUGGAAGUUCUGAAWUGUGAAUGUAGCAACACUUGAAUCACUGGAGGCAUGUCGUCGAACGCGAGCCGACGACCCAUCUGGAAACSGAGCGCUUGCUCAGUGGAUCAACAGCAUAGAGGAAAAUGAAAAUGCACCCAGAAUACAUUAAGAGACAAUGUGAUAGGUAGUUGUUGAAAGACUGACUGACAAGUCUGUGUCAGAUAAUUAAAAAAAAAUCUGUCGA